AUGGCGCCUGUGGAAGGUGGUUGCUGCUUGCUCGCAGAGCCGCCAGCUGUUGCGGUGCAGCUGCAGGCUAACAGAGCGGAAAUUACUGCAUGCGGAAACUGCCUUUGCCCCUUAGAUGCGUCUGCCCGUCGAAAUGGUACCAACUGCUCUUGCGGAGAGUACUUUUGUUGCAAGGAUUGCUUCGACUCCGCUAGGCAACAGGGGCAUGAACUGCUGUGCCCGGCGGUACUAAGCUCUCGGCAACUGGUGGCGCUGGAGUCCUUAAGAAGCCUGCUGGAAGAGCUGGCCAAUGUUGGUGAAGCAUUUCGCCUGGCCAUAAAGCUGAUCGCAAAAGCAGUCAAUGCAGAUGGGCAACUUCUCCAACUUGCAGCCGGCUUGGCUGGGGUGCCGUGGUGGGAGACUGCAGGCCUCAACGACCAAUUUGUUCCAGAAGCUCGUGACAUCACCAAGGCUGCUUUCUCUUUGCUUCAAGAGCUCAUGCCUGCCCUGCCGCAUGAGUUCACUGUUGAUAAAUUGGGGAUACUCGUCGGACGGCUUCGAAUGAAUGCUGUUGAGGUGCUUGUGCCAGCGCAGGAGCAGUCGACGACGGAUUCGGGUGCACCUGUGGCAGAUGGAAUGGCCUUGUACCUCGUGACGUCGGCUGUGAAUCACAGCUGCCAUCCCAACUGUGCGCUGCAGUCGUGCUUCUUGAGUCCGCAGCUGCGCGGGUGGGCAGUGCUGCAAGCCUUGCGCUUCAUUGAGGAGGGGGAGGAGGUAACAAUCGCAUACGCGGAAGAUGGACCCGAGACACGUGAGCGCUUGUUUGAGCAGUGGCGGAGCUGUGCCCUCAGUCCUUCCGUGCUGCAAGGCAUUUGUGUGGAUGGCUUUCGGCUUGAAAGCCCUGAAGUGAUGCUUGAGGUUCCGCCGCCGGUGACUGUCAUGGAUGAGGCCCCGAUCAGCUACGAAAGCAGAUUGGGCAACAGGGAGUGCUAUGGGUGCUUGUCCAGGAUUUUUCGGAUGAUCAAGGUGACCUUGCUGCAGGCUCGCGCUGAGCGUUUCCACAGCCGCCACAUGGGUGGCACGUCGACGGCUACUGCAAUCGAUGACUUCUUGGUAUCAAAAGCUGUGAUUCCACAAGAGGCAUCUGCAACGCACCUUGGUUUGAUGCCACUGCGAAACCACCGAUCCUCCGCACCAGCUCCAACAUCGCAGGUUGCAAUGCCGACAGUGCUUUUGGUGGUAGCAGCGCAGCGAGGCCUAGACGAUGCUCCCUCUGCCUGGCAACAACAGCGCAGCAGGCGAGAUGGGCCGCAACAUCAUAUCACGUUCCUGAGCAAAAGCGAUUUGCAAUGCCUGACGCAGAGCUGCUUGGCUGAUGUUCCUGCAACGAUUUGGGAGGAUGCCGGAGCAAAUGUUCCCGAUGCCGCUGACGUCAACUCCGUGUCCAGAUCGAUUUGUGCCAUGCUUUCAAAGAUGCCGAGCUGCUGGGACUGGAUCGACAUUGGCACGGGCUCUUGCAAGGAUGAUGCUGGCGAGUCUGUAUUUCGCGCUGUGCUGUGGCCAGCGGCUGCAGCUGUUCGCGCGAAGUUGGGGCUGCAAGCAAAAGAUUUCCACAUUACCUUUGGUUUUCAUGGUUGUGAUGUUCACUCAAAGCCUAAAGGCCUUUCAUCGCUUCGGAGAGCUCCUGUCAACAGCUCAACAUUAAGCCGCGAGGCAUCUCUUUUGUUGUCCUCUGUUCCUCCUCCGUUGUUUUCGGUGUAUGAGGGCAGCAUUGAGCAACUGGCUUCCACUGCUCUACUCGGUGCUGAUGACAAUGUUGCCUUGGAAGCCGAAGCCUUGCAGGUACAGUGCCAAUUCUAUGGGCGAGUAAAGAGAGCAGAUGAGGUUUUGGCCUCUUCAGAACGCCUGUUGCAACUAAGACAUGAUGAUGUGAUCGGCUGUCGAAGCCGUGCCUUUGCCUUGGUCAUGCUCUCCCGCCAUGAGGAGGCGAUGCCAGCCCUGGAGAUGGCUCAAAGUCAACUUCACUUACUACCUUUGGAGCAGCUUGAAGCUGAGCAGGCUCGGGUGACAAAGGCACUAUUGCACUGUCAGAAGAGGCUGGGCAUUUCGAUCUCCUCGCUGCCUGCUGCCGGACUUGUACAGACAAGUGACGACUCACCCAAACCUGAUCAAUCAGCCAGCAAAUCUAAUUAUCCAAAAACUCCGCACCUUCCGUUUUCUCCGGGCAUCAAUCCUGAUGACACGCGCGUUUCCGACUGCCAAAAGCUUCUUUCAGUUGAGGUGGUCAUAACUGAAAAGCUGGACGGAGGCAACUGCUGCAUCAAGGCGGACUCAAGCAGCGGGAUGCCGCUUGUCUUCGGAAGGACGCACGCACAGCCGGCAACGCACGAAUCAUUCUCCGCUGUAAAAGAGCUGGCAACUUGCAUUGGUGACGAGCUCGGGGAUCUGGAAUUGUUCGGAGAGAAUAUGCAAGCGGUUCACAGCAUCGAAUACGACAACCUUGCAAGCUACUUUUACGUCUUCGCAGCCCGUCGAGGUUUGGAUUGGCUGAGCUGGGAUGAAACUCUACGUUUGGUAGCUCGGCUUGGCCUCAAAACCGUGCCGCAGAUUUUCCGCGGGACGAUCUCAUCUGAGACGGACUUGCAGUGCUUACUGGAGGCGUGGCAGAUGGAGCCGUCGGCAAUAGGUGCAAGCGUCACUCCAGAAGGCUUCGUGGUCCGACAUGCAGCGGCAAUUCCUGGCCCCGCGUUUGGUGAGAGCAUCGGGAAGUUUGUCAGGGCAAGCCAUAUCCAAACCGACAAUUCCUGGAAAAGGACAUGGAAGAAAGCACGCCUGGGUGAGGAGUUGGCAAAUCAACCAAGGUCAGUUGCCGGCCUUUCCACAACGUGCUAG